AUGUUGACCAACCUCUUCUUUCUGGGUCUCGUCGGGCAAGUUGCUACGACGCCGGAGACGUUCGUUGCCCUGAAUAUGAGUGAUCGGACAUAUUGUGCUGUUUUUACGACUGAAAUUGAGGGCCAGCUCAAGCUCAACGCCGACAACGAGACAUCCAGUUACAGCUGGAAGAUGGGUGUGCGCGGAAACGACUCGCAUGCACUCGGCCUGUGUUCGGUAAAGUCGGACAGCGGCCUGGAUGCUAAUGCUUUUUUGAUUCCGAUCGACCAGCCGGAAAUCACGCCGGAUAAUAGCUUGUUUGACGACGGUGAGCUUAACAAAACUGAGCCCUGGAUCGCAGUCAUCGGACAACACGCAAAUGGCAGCUACGAGUUGGAGCGUUGGGCUCUGGUCGUCCAGCCCAGGCCCGGAAUGCCGCUUGUCGAACCCGUCACUCUCAAGGCGCCCGAGAAUGCUUCGGGCAUCAUGCUGGCGAGUGGAACGGAUGGAUAUUCGUGCCCUGAGGUUAGGCUACCGCUAGAAGACGGUUCGGUGAUGGUCUUGAAGAAUGUGAAGGUGGCCGCGUUCCAGAGCUUCAAGGAGCCAAAGUUUCCGGAGGGGCAGAAAUUCGUCGACUGCAAGCAUGAAGUCGUCACGUCUUCGUCCCUCCCUGUCCUCAUCGGCGUCUUUCUCGCCGUCGUCGUCGCCUGUGCUUUUGUCGGUGCUGGUGUCGUUCUCUACAAGCGUCACCUGGAGCGCACGGAGGGAUACGCCGACUUU